AUGGCCUACCCGCCUGUACCCUUGGUGACAGCCUUCUACGGCCACUGCACGCGUCUGCGGUCGCCACGAGACUUCUGUCAAAGCGAUUUGCUCUCUCUGCCAGCCAACGGAUGCACCACGAGUCGAGGUGCGGCCCAAGGAGAAAGCACAACAGUGUCCGCAGGGAACGCUCGCGAUGCCGACUGGGACGCUCAUGGUGGCGGCAGCGGUGCCGCACUGCUGCUGAUGCUGCACGACGUUGCCACACUGCCGUGGGCAGCAGGCGUACGCCUUACUCUCACCCUGCACGGAACGGCUACAUGCGCUCAUGACGAGAUAGCGCGGCGGGAGCUGCCGGCGGCCGCUGCUGUCAAGAGAAACCGCGGCGGUGAUAACAGACCGUCAAGCGCUGCCGCAGCGAUAGCACGCGUAGGUGGUGAGGUAUCAACGCAGUCCUUCGCCACCUCCGUCGUCACUGGAGAGGCUUCUCUCGCACAGUCCGACGCAGAAGGCGAGGAGCAAGGCAGCGUAGCCACCUCCUUGAGCACCGCCACUGCCACUGGCCACCAAGCUGACAGGGACGCCUGGCAGCCUUUCAGUGAGUACCGCGCGCCACAAGCCUGCGCGGAGACGUCGGCGCUUGAACUGCGCUCAUUUACCGUCGCGCAACUUGGUCAGCGCGUGCCGCUGGUGGCCCUCGUCGCUGAGAGGGCCUGCGAUGCCAAGUCGAUGUUCUCUGCCCUCACCGAGCACUGCGUCACCCAUCGAACCAGCGCGGUGUACAACCAGCAGUGCUCAAACAGCCCUGCCUGGCUCCCGCCGCGCACGCCUGUGCAUCGCGUGCCGGUGGAGGUGUAUGCGGAACGUACCCCGUUGGUGCAGACGAGUGGCACCGCCGCCCUGCAGCGGGACCUUUGGCAAGCGCUGAGCCGCGUCGUGACUGCGUCGGCUAGCCACAACAGCCACGGCGCUGCGCAUUUGUCCGCAGCACUGCGGUCCUCGUCAUCGAAGCCAUGCGGAGGACUGCAGUGGUCUAUAUCACCUCUGGCGCAUCUCGUCUGGAACGGGCAGUGUUGGGUAGAAGAAACAGACGUGCAGGUGGUGGAGGUGGAGGAGCAGCUCCUCGGCGCGUUGCUGGGCGACGGUGAUGAGGAUGCGGCUGAUGCUGCUGCUGGUGUGGCUCGAUCAACAGCGAACAGGAACGCUGUCAUGUGCGGCACGCCGGCUACGCGGUGUAGCACUCGUAAAAAGGGCGGCGCAGGUCGGUUGGAGGCACUCCGGAUGGACUUGAAUGCGCAGGCCCCUACGUAUCCUCGGUUCUGGCUGCCGAGCUGCUGGCGUCGUGCCAGCGGUUUAACUGAAGUAUUGACGCCCCUUUUUCGAGAUCCUGGCGACGGUAGUGCGGGGAUCGGUGCAGUGUGUAGCCGCCCAGCAGGCGCUGCCGCCCCGGCCGCCUCACAGUGCGCGUUUUCCAGCAGGCCGUAUGAGGUCGGGAAGCACACCAAGGAAGACGGACGAGUCGCGGAAGCGGCAGUAGAGGCAGCCGCAGGUGACGCACAGAUGCCAGCGGCGUUGCGCUGUAGUCAGUGGGUGUUGCGCUUGCGAAAGGCAUGGCUUGUCGCCAGCCCUAACGUAAAACCUGCCUUGCUUGCUCGUGCAGGUACAGAGGCGCGAGCUGACGUCGCUGCGCAACCGGGCCUUGGCAACGCGGGCGUGAAGACAGUACCACCUCUGCUCGAUGCAGCUCGCGGUGCCAGCGACCACUCGCGCGCCCCUUCUUCGAGGCCACCAGCACCAGCACCCGUGAGGUACCCAAACUACGACCUCCUUACCGGCUUGCCGCUGAACUUGCGGGACUACAACGCCGCCCUCAGAAGGUCCCGAGACGCCGCCAGGGGCUCCCGCGCGUCCCGCUGCUCCUCCUCACCGUCGAAGUCGGCCGUGCUGUCGCUGUGGUCUUCCUGGAGGACACAGGCACCACCGGCACCCGAACGCUGCGUGCAAACGGCGCAGGCUGCUACCUUUCAGUAUGCUAAUGAUCCGUUCUUCCUUGCGGCUCUCUCGCAGCAGGUGGGGUGGAUCCGUCUAUCUCCGAGCUGCCAUCCGCACACGCUUCACGUAGGCGCCCCAUCAGCAUCGGCGCUGAUGGUUACUCCAGGCAUGGGACCGGUGUCGUGGCAGUUGCCAGAUGCGCUGCGCAGAUGCUACAAAAUACCGAGCUCUAUCGUCGAUGUCCCUCAGCGCUGGCUGUGUAGUGGCGGAAAGACAGCGGUGCAGACAGCCGCUCCCAGCAUUGCUGUUGCCUCGUCCACAGCGCCGGCACAACAUCUUCCGUCGUUGCCGCCGCCGCCGCCGCCCGUUGCGAGUGUGUCGGUACCGCAGCAAGAGUGGUGGACAGGCUUUUUCCUGAAUGACGCCCCGCACUGGUGGCACCGCGAGGUGUUCAAAGGCGCGCAGGAAUGCUGGGCAGCGAAAAACACUUGCAAGGACAAGCUCGCAACGCCGGUGCGGCCGCGGCACGAGCGCGAUGGUGAGCGCGUAGCAACUGCUGAGGAGGUCGCGCGGGUACUAUCGUUUCUUCAGGAAGAGUGUCGUGUUCCACCGCCUCCGGUGAGCGCUUCCAGUACAGCAGCCGCCGUGGCAUCCCCGCACCAUGGCGCGCCUGGGUUGACGUCAGAGCCUUCGUCACCUGUAGAGAUGACACAGAAGACGGCGACCUUGCCCCCGCAGGUGUGCAUGCUUCGGCUGGCACCUGUUGCGCCUAUGCUGCGCCGCCCACACCGAUUAUUGGGGCGCAUCGAGCAUGGCAAGCAAGAGCACCACUGCGCAUCCACUCCGGCCACGGAGGCUCUGGCGUUGGAGCUGCAGUGGUCCCUUGUGCCGGACACCGCCGCAGUGACAGUGAACACGUUCUUCUCCCUGCAGGACGUGUUGAACCACGCUGGACCUUCUGGAACGGCCUCAGGUGCGCUGCCGCCUACCUCGUCGGCGGACCGUGCGGUGCUGUUUUACGUUGAAGUCAAGGCUGGGUUGGAGGUACUGCGGCGGGUGGCACACGCUGCGGCUGCUCGGAAAGACUCCUCCGACGACGAGGAAGGCCCCUCGCCGGCCCCUUCCUCGUCUGCUGCCUGGUGGGAACAGCUGAGUGCCUUCUACGACGCCAAUACGUUUGUGGCGCAAGAAACCGCACCUCCGGCGACGAUGUCGGCGACGGACAAGGGCAAUAAAGGCAGUAGCGGUGAUGGCUACGAGGAGGUCGGUACAACUCGCCGCGAUGCUGUCGCGCACGAGAGCGCUGUGCCAGCCUUCUGCCACCCUACAGUGACGGAGGUGGUGCGGACAUGUGCGCAGCUGAUGCUGCGAUGCGGAGGGCCAUCACACAACCGCCAUGUGAGCGACUCCCUCAUCACCCUCGAUGGCGGUGGCGGAGAAGGCAACAGGGUUUCAUCAGAGGCAGUUGCGGUAUGGUCACGCGUGGAAUACGAUGCGCUGCUUCGCACCGCAGUCGGCACGUCCGCAAGGGCCGCAGCCACGCCUUCCUCGGCACCUUACUGGCGCAGCGCGGUUGAUGAUGGCGACGGUGACAGGAGUGGAGCGAAUGACGAGGAGGAGGCGGAGGUAGCGCCGGACCACGCAGAUGACGUCGCGGCGGACGCAGAAAACGGAAGCGAAGGCUCACGUGCAGAGUUGGCAGUCACGCACGAAACACAACGCGCAAGCACUGCCGGUGGCGCAGCGGCACCAUGUAGCCGAGACAUUGCGAUGAGUGUUGGACAGGACAGUCCAUCAUCUGCUCAAGUGGCGCAGGGGUCGUCGUCGACGCCAUCAUGCUUACCAUACGGCAUGGAAGUGUACGAGUACGAUGAGGACAGAACGCGGAGUGCACCGUGCCUUAGCUGCAGGGGCCUCGCUGUGUCGCUGAGCGAUGCACAGCCUCCAGCGACUGCACCGGAUAACUGGCUAGCUGUGGAUCGUCGCGUCCCACUUGAGCGUAACUGCCGACUGAGCGAGGCCCUUCAGCCCCACAGGAACCCUGUGAACUUUGGCGCGGUGACGGGUGCCGGUGCUGCCCCCUCCUCCUCCUCGUCGUCCGCUGACCUGCCCUUCGCCUUGCUGUCGAGAGGAAAGUCUGGGCAAGCGGUGACGCUUGGCAAAGCAUCUGUCGCCUCCAUCCUCGACGCCCGCAAGGACACCGAGCAGGGCGGCGGAGACGUCCGGGCAGAUGACGGACCACGAGCGCAGCGCCAGCUGAGAAGUGCCGAGCUCCUCGCUCAGAAUGAAGAGUCCCUGUCUUCAGGGUCAUCUACAGACCGCACUGGCAGUGCAUCCCCGAUGCCCUCCAGUGCGAAUGGCGAGUCGCAGUCGCCUCCGUUGGGCGUGAUGGAUGCCGUGAUAGCGGAGGAGCACCAUCGAUUUGAGAUCGAGUGGCGACCGUGGCUGCGAUACCUGCCUCCGACCACCACGCACCGAGGCAACACGCCGUCAACAAGUCCAGAGCCGACAGGGCCCCCAAAGUGCGCGUCCCGCGUGUUUGGCUUUCUGCAGCCGUCGGCGGCCUCCGAAUACUGCACUGGCUCUUCAAGAGCGGACAUGACCUCCGCCCGUGGCAACGGUGGAGAGCGCAAUGCCGGACGCUCAGCCCCACCAGCGGCAGCAGCGGCAUCGGAUGGUGCGGUGGUUGUCCUCGAUCUGGGCCUUUGCGUGCUGCAUGUAUGCCGCACAGAGGUAUACGUGAACGCCGCCAACUUGCUCUACCACGAGGAGACUCGUACAGAGGGACAAGACGACUGA